AUGAUUCAUAUACCGACGCUGCGACAUUUUGCCGCCAGAUCAGUGCGCUGCGCUGCUCGCGGCGCCGUGCAGCAGCGCCGCUGGGCGCAAGUCCACGAUGUUCGAUUCCUGACGACGCAGCCCUCGCAGGUGAUUCUCGAAAAGUACCGCGAGAAGCUUCACAAAAAGGCAUCACAGGAGGGACAUGGAAGCAUCGAUGACCUCAAGGCGGCAUAUGCCGAGAAGAUACAGGAGCAGCGCAAGAAGGACGCUGUGGAUGUGCCUCCGAUCGUCGAAGAGUUAACAGGAACGGCCAUUCCCCAGACCGAAGGCACACCAAUUUCACAGCCGAAUGCGCCAUCCUCCUCGCCCUCGAAGCCUACUCCGAAAAAGGCCUCUUCAUCAGGCGAAAAGCCCGCCAUCAAGCCCCUCGGCGAUAUCCUCGACCUCGAAAAAGUCGCCGAGCUGCCCGAGAAGGAACUCACAGCCAUCUGGCGUCUCCGCCACGCCUCCUCGCCGCAGACUCUAUGCGCCGUCAUCCCCGCACCAGCAUACCAAGCGAUGGAGUCACUCGCCCGCGGCAACCCCUACUUCGUGCUCCCGGUGCCGCACGAGAGCCAAGGCGCGGAAAUGCACUUUAUGCAGUGGACCUUUGACGCGGCAUCCAAGACCAGCACGGUGCUGUUCACGCAGCUGGCCGAGUACAAGGCCAGAGGGGAGUUUGCGCAGCCACACACCACGGUGACGCAUCACCUCGACUUAAUAAAGGACAAGGGCUUGGUCCUGAUGCAAGGACAGGUCAUGGAGGGGAGGAACGUGCAGCCGGACCACGCAAAGUGGCUGGUGAUGUGCUUGCAGCGAUUUUAUGGUGGAUGGGAGCAAAAGGGCGAUGAACUGGAUGGACAGAGGAAAGAGAGAGCGGAAGAGAGGCAGAAGCUAUUGGAGUGGUUUACCAAUGGCGACUCGAGAUUCAGCAUUGAGAAGCUGCUAGAAGAGGCGGAGAGAAUGGGAUAA